AUGUCGGCAGCAGAAAGGCACGCCAUGUGUGAGGCUGAGAAAAUAAAAGGCAAUGAGAGCUUCGCCUCGGGAGACUUGGAUGAAGCAGAGUUGCAUUAUACGAGGGCCCUCCGUCUCCGCUCGGAUGUAUCAGUACUAUGGUCCAAUAGAGCCUUGGUGCGGCUAAAGCUUCGCCGCCCUCGAGAAGGGCUAGAGGAUGCUCAGAGACCCAUCGCGUUGGAUCCUAAGGAUGUGAAGGCCUUUCAUCGACGUGGUAAAGCUCGCGCGGAGUUGGCUUACCUCGAGGAAGCAGUGAAAGACUUUCAGACAGCUCUCAA